AUGGCUUCUUCAUCUCGAUCCUUCAACUCCUGCUCAAGGGUUUGUCCUAACUCUUUGAUGAAGGAUCCAAAGGAUAAAUGUGAUUUCUGGGAAUGGGUUGACAAAGAUGAAGAAAUUAUAACCAAGAACAAGAAUAAGAAAUAUGAAGAACAUGAUUUUAAUACUGAAGUGAAGAUUGUAAUAUUGGAACAUGAUUUCAGUGAGUACAAGGUGAAGACUGAUAAGGAAUGUAAGAGUUUUAGACAGGAAUUGGAUAAAAUGAAAUGUUUCGUGUUGAUGUUUGUUGUUUUGUUUGUAGUGAAGUACAUGAUGUAG